AUGGACGCAUCCAAGAGUGCGGCAUUGGCGGGGGGAUCGGAGUUGCCAGCGGCAGGAGGGGCGAUGCGGACGGACCAGGCGGUCGGUGGCGAGGUGUGCGUUGACUGUCAACCGGACGCCAGUGGCUCUACGGAUGCUGUUGGGGUGAGCACGUUCAACGCCGAGGAAAAGCAAGACCUGAUGGAUGCGAGCACGUUCAUCCCGCCACUCGACCACUCUAAUCUUCCUACUCCACUGGUGGUUGUCGAGUACUGCCAACGAUGCAAAUUCGGGCUGCGCGCCAACUGGAUUUCGCAAGAACUACUGUCCACAUUUGCUCCGCAACCCGCUUCGCAUACCGGCGCAUCCGCCAACAUCGCUUCAGUCAUGUUGGUCCCCAAGGUCGACCCUCCGUCCGCCGGCAGAUUCCGAGUCUGGUUCCUAGCGCCCGCACUCCAGUCCAACCACCCCGGCUUGCAGCUCGUCUGGGAUCGCAAAGUUCACGCCGGUUUCCCAGAGAUGAAGGUCUUGAAGCAGAAAGUGCGCGACUUGAUCAAUCCCAAUUUCGACUUAGGACACAGCGAUACGAAAUGA